AUGCAUUUUCCCCCCAUCGCCACCACUCUCCGCCUCCCCGCCUCCCCCAUCCCCCGCCGUUCCGCCUUCUACCCCCACCACCUCGCUAUUGUUGCUGCUGCUGCGGGGGAACAACCUCCGCUUUUGUGCGCACGUGGCGGAAACGCCCCCCCCGCUUCUGUCCCCGCCUCCGCUUCCGCCGUUUCCCCCGUCUCCUCCGCUCCUUCCCCGCUGGGCGGGGGGAAUGUGAGCGCAGGGGCCGGCGGAACGGGCUCCAUCAUCGGCGGGAAAGAUGAAACGGGCGGAGCAGAUGACACGGGCGGGGCAGAUGAAACGGGCGGAGACGUUGACACGGGCACGGCUGUGUUCGAAACGGAGGAGGAGAGGGAGAGCGGGAUGAGAUCAGGAGAGGGUUGUCCCAUGGGGAAGGAGCAGUUGCGCUUGAGAGGUGGUUGA